AUGGAAUUCUUGGGCACCACCCAGACGGCCAGCUACUGCGGACCGAAGAAGAGCUGCCUGCUGCCGGAGGUGGCCCCCACCAGCCUCAGCCAUGACAGCUACCAGGCUUACUACCUGCCAGGCUAUCGCUACCUGAACUCAUGGAGGCCCAGCCUCUUCUACAAGGUCUCUGCUUUCCGACCCGGUGAUGAGGGGGCCGGGCGCCUCAGUGCCCCGUUGAGGCCCCCGACCAUCCUGCCCUCGGUGAGGUCGUCCCUCUACGCCCGCUACAGUCCCCACGACUGGUACAAGGCCAACGCCGUGCAGAUCAAAGGCUCGGAGGCGUACCGGCACUGGGCUGGGCGGCUGAAUGCGGACAGUGCGCGGCUCAUGCAAGACAAGGACCAGCUGACUCGGCAGCAGCAGGAGGAUUCUGGGAAGAACCUCGGGCAGAGGCUGGCCGACAUCGAUUUCUGGCGCUCCGAGCUGACGUAUGAGCUCGAGCGGCUGCUGAAUGAUACCCGUGCGCUGGACACUGCCAAGCGGCGCCUGGAGUGUGCGGCUGACGAAGCCCAGGGGCCUCUCCAGGUGGCCUUGGAAUGUUUAUACAAUCGGGAGAAACGGAUGGGAAUUGACUUGGUCCACGAUCCCGUGGAAAGGAAUCUCAUACAGGAAGUGGAUUUGAUCAGGGCUUGCCAAGAGAAAAUGAGAAAGCUUGCAGAAAGAAUCGACCAGCAGAUGAACCUUAACAGAGAUGCCCAACAUGCACUUGAGCGGGACCUCGGUGAUAAAAGUUCAGCUCAUUUUAUUGACGAAAAAUGCUAUAAUUUGAGGAAUACUUCGGACAGCAUCAACUACUACCAUGGAAUUGAGAAAAUUGAUGGAACACUCUUCAGGAAAUCUUCCAGACAGAAAACACCAUCAUGUUACUGGAAAGAGCCAUCAUGGCCAAAGAGUGUCCACUCAAGGUGGCCCAGACGCGCCUGGAAGCAAGGACCCGGCGGCCAAACAUGGAGCUGUGCCGGGACCUCCCCCAGUUCAAGCUGGUGAACGAAGUCUUCACCAUCGAUGACACCCUCCAGACCCUGAAGCUGCGCUUGCGAGAAGCCCAGGACACUCUGCAGCUGCUGAUCCUGAACAAGUCGAAGCUGGAGCACGACCUGAUGGUGAAGGCCAACAGCCUCUUCAUCGACAAGGAGAAGUGCAUGGGGAUGCGGAAGACCUUCCCCAGCACGCCCCGCCUGGUCGGCUACACCUGAGGCUGCGGCGGCCGCCUUCCGCGCUCCUGUCAAUCUGACAUAAAAGGUUGAAAAUCAUGGGAGACAUUUCUGCUCGUUUAUUUUUUUCUAGCAAAAGGAAGAAGGAGAAAGAAAAAUAAAAAAAAGUCCCGUGAAAAUAAACGUAACAAAACCAAAACCGGAGCAAGGUCACCGCUUUUCUUGCUUGCAGAAAGUGUGAGACGGAUCGCUUCCUAUGGGAGGAAGGCCAUAGCCAGCCGGGCUCUGGAGCAGACGGGAGCCGCAUCCAGAGGACGGCCUGAUCCUGGCCCUCGUCCCCAGAGUUACUCUUUCCCCCCGUUUAGCUCCACGGGAGCCAUGAGGCCGAACCCACCACUGAACUCGGAGAUCUGGCAGCCCGUGUGGCCAGAGGAUGCGACCCUGUGCAAAGGCGUCCUUAGCCUAGACGCAGAGUAGACUAACUCCUCCUGCACAGGUAGGCUGAUCCGCUUGGGCCAGGGGAAGCC